AUCAAUAAAUUUAAAAGUUUUCCAGAAAAACGUUUGGAAUAGUAACUUUUUUCCGGCCUUCUAACUAUAUAUAAUCCCAUUCGCCAUUAUACAAGUAUUCUCGAGCACAAGUUUCCACGAAAUUUUAUGAAUCUUAUUCAUAUACUGACCGACAUAUUCGGGAUAAAGUAUGCUAGCAUAACGAAAAUUAUUAUGUAUAGCCUCACUGGGAAGUGGGGUAACUCAUGGACCGAUUUCACAUAUUUUCGCCAUUAAACUAUAGUAUAUCUAAUAUUAUAGGUUCACUUAAUUUGGCAAAGUCAACUGGAAGUUUGAAAAUCUUUAUAUUAGGUAUAUGUACAUAAGUAUAUAUAUUACCCAUUUUUACACAAUUGCAUCUGGAAAAGAUUAUCUCUCUGAAUUUCAAAAGCAUAUCGUACAGAUUGAAUGAUAAAUUCGGAAUAUUGGGUCUGAAAAAGUUAUGGGCCGAUUUCGACAAUUUUUAUACAUGAGAUAGAAUACCAUUCAUAUGGCGCCCAGGAACUGGUUUACCAAGUUUCAUCGAGAUAUACUUGUAUUAAGUUUUACUCAGGUUACAGCUUGUACGGAGGAACUGACAGACAGUUCACCGGAAUUUAACUUGCCUCGAAAUAAACAAAAUAAUAUCGGUCCCACACCUGCUAAAGAGAUAUAGUUACAAGUACACAUAGUUUUGGUUUUUGCUCAUUUCGCACAUCGUUUUCUGGUAUACACGUGAACAAACUUUUCAAUUUUUUUAUUACGUUGUGAAAAACUAAGACCUCAAUAAAUUUAAAGACUUUUCUAAGUAAGUAUAUAUUUUUACCCGAGUAGAGCAAGACGGUCAAAGAUAUUAUAAAAUAUGUAUGCAUGGUAUGACGUAAGACGAAAUGCGUCAAAUAUCGUUUGUAUACACAUGUGCUUUAACAGCUGCUAGUUUUUGGGCUAAGAAAGGCCUUUUCAGCAGAGACUUUGCUAACUAGUGAUAUUAUUAAAAAUACUUGAGAAUAAUUUAUAAGAGUAAGUUUUUGCAUGUUUUACGCAUUUCUUGUCUCAUUCGUUCUGAAGCCUCUUUCUGUACUUCCUGUAACAAUUUCUUGUAAAACGACACGUCCGUGUAUAUACAUAGUAAUCUACAUACUUAUGUAUGCAUAUGCUGAAAAAUUGGUGUAUGGGAUUAAUAACACAUGUAUGUAAUAAUGGAUGUCAAUCCAUGCCAUGACCAUCUCGCUGAUAAAAGAAUAAAUUCACCGUAACUGACUUUUUGUGAGAAAUUUCCGACAAACACAUAUUUCCAUUACUGAAUGUGUGACUACUUGGCAGUAUAGCUUUAUAUUAAUUUUACACGACUGCAAUUUGUUUUCGCUUGUAACGCGAAGGAAAUCGCGUAAAACAGAUUUUCUUUCACAAAAAUUAAAGAAAAAUAAAAAUUAAUCGCAUAGAUUUAUUAUUAAAUAUCGGGAGGAGGGUUCUUUAAAUUAAUUAUAAAUGUAAUUUUGAAUUGCAAAAUCAUAUAUGUUGCGUACUUUAUUAUAUUAUAUAUCUAUUUUCAUAGAAUGAUGAUGAAUAUGAUGAUGAUGAUCAAAUGUUUUUUUGGUCUACAACGAUCAGAAGAAAUUCCAGAAGAAAUAGAACAAUUUCCUGUAAUAUCUCAAUAUAUAAAUAUUUGUAUAUGCAUACAUAGCUACAUAUGUAAGUGUGUAUACCUUUAUAAGCCGGUGAAGAAAAAGUUAUUAUAAAUUAUACAUAAUAUAGUUGUAGAUUAUAUAAUAUGGUGAAACCACAGAACGUCAAAUAACGGAAAGGUGCAAAUCGAAGUUUGUACCUGGCAGUGUGAAGAAUUCGCAAUGCAACGCCCGGCUGACCUAUUCGAUCGUGUGAUAUUAGGUAGUGUAGCGUUACGGCGUUCGGUGACUGCGGGUCUCAGUCAAUUACAGCCGGUUGACUAUAUGCCACACGACAUGGAAACUGGCAACACGAGUACAAGCACAGAAGCAAUUCGACAAACAACAACUACGACGAAAACGCGUAACAACAAACAACGAUCUUUCCUCAACAUAUCUGAUUCCGAUUCUGAGGGUGCGGAUGGGUAUAGCGAUGAUGAGCAGGACAAUGCGGCCAACCCAAUCGCUCGUUUUCUCGCAGCCUGGGGUUUGGAAGAGUAUUUGCCUGUUUUUCAGAAACAACAAAUUGAUCUGGACACGAUGAUUCAAUUAACCGAGGCGGAUUUAAAGUCUUUAGGGCUACCGUUAGGACCUUUCCGAAAACUUACAUGCGCUAUACAAGAACGUAAAAAUGCGCUUGCUAAUCCUGGGGCGAUGACGGACAGUAGGCUUUGAAGCAAAAAAACGAAACAAUGCCGUAUCCGAAUAUUGUUGUCAUCAGUACUUAACCCGUAUCGUCAUCAAUGCAUGUAUUUCAGAAUUUAGCCACCACCAUUUUAAGUGCGUCGCAGUACUUAAAACAAAUAACCAGUUUAAGAAA